AUGUCUACCUCCUCCGACCUCAUUGCGGCCGUUGAACGCUUGGUCAAAGACCACAUGGCCCAGUUCGACCCUUCACACGACUGGGCUCACGUCGACCGAGUCCGGAACACGGCGCUUGCCAUUGCCAAGACACUCCCAGAGGCGGAUAUCCUAGUUGUAGAGCUCGCCGCUUUGUUGCACGAUCUUACGGACGCCAAGUAUACGCAAGGUGCUUCGUUGGAAGAACUCACAGGCAGUGUCUUUGACAAGACUGCCGAUGUGUCACCACAACAACUGCGACUGGUAUUCAAGAUUGUUCCCUCUGUCUCUUACUCGACAGAGAAGAAGUUGAAAGCGGCGAACGAGUGGACCCCGUGGCACCAAACCUGUCUUGAACUCCAUGCGGUGCAAGACGCUGAUCGCCUGGACGCCAUUGGGGCGAUCGGGGUCCUGCGCUGUGCCGCUUUCUCCGGCGCUCGCGGGCGCUAUCUCGUCGAGGACAAGGCGGAGGCCGGCCCCGGCUGUGAGGGUCAUUUUUAUGACAAGCUUCUGAAAGUGAAGGGUUGGAUGAAGAUGAAGGUCGCUGCCAAGCUGAACAGCGGCACCAGACGGUUCGUGGAGAGGUACAUGUGGCAAGGUUCAGCGUAG